GCCUCCCUCUCCCUUUUCCGGAAACAACAAACAACGCUGUUUCCCCUCGGUGAGGGCCGUGCUCCUCUUGAGUCGUCGCAGGCGGCUGCCAAAGCUUGGGCUAACCGGUGCCAAAGCGAGAGGAGAUCGGCCUUGGCCACUUCGUGAAGAUGUUGCGUGGUCUGAGUGGUUGGUUCGGGAUGAGUCGGACGGACGAGGAAGAGAAACCGCUUCCCCUCCAAGGGGAAGCCAGAGCUGAUGAGGGAGAAGAGGUGCCAGAAGAAGACGAGACGACGAGGAACCCCGAGCAGGUGGAGCUGCAGGUGGACUCAGACCCGCUUCUCGACCAAGCCAAGGGGCUUGGAAGUUAUCUCUUCAGUUUUGCCUCUACUGCCACAAAAAAGAUAUCUGAAUCAGUUGCUGAAACGGCACAAACUAUUAAAAAGUCUGUAGAAGAAGGAAAAAUAGAAAAUAUCAUUGACAAGACAAUUAUAGGAGACUUUCAGAAGGAGCAGAAAAAAUUUGUGCAGCAGCAACACACCAAAAAAUCAGAAGCAGCUGUGCCCCCUUGGGUAGACAGUAAUGAAGAAGAAACAAUUCAACAACAAAUACUGGCCUUAUCAGCAGACAGAAGAAACUUCUUGCGUGACCCACCAGCAGGGGUUCAGUUUAAUUUUGACUUUGAUCAGAUGUUUCCAGUGGCAAUGGUAAUGUUACAAGAAGAUGAACUUCUGAAUCGAAUGAGAUUUGAUCUUGUCCCAAAGCAUGUCAAGGAAGAGAUCUUUUGGAGGAAUUAUUUUUACCGUGUCUCCCUCAUCAAACAGUCCGCACAACUCACAGCACUGGCUGCCCAACAGCAAGCUGUGAGAAAGGAGGAGAAUAGCAGUGAAGAGGACAGACAGCUGACAGAAAUUGUGAGGCCAAAGACUCCACCUGUAGCAAUCAAGUCUCAGCUAAAACCUCAAGACGAGGAUGAAGAGAUUUCCACUAGUCCAGGUGUGUCAGAAUUUGUGAGUGAUGCUUUUGAUGCAUGCAGCCUGAAUCGGGAAGAUUUGAGGAAGGAGAUUGAACAACUUGUGCUUGACAAAAAAAAGGAGGAAACAAUGACAGUGGAAGAAGAAACUGCAGACUGGGAAAAGGAACUGCAACAAGAGCUUCAAGAAUAUGAAGUGGUUACAGAAUCAGAAAAACGAGAUGACAACUGGGACAAAGAAAUUGAGGAGAUGCUACAGGGAGAAAACUAACUACUCUGCAUAAAUGUGUCCUGAAAACUGACAUGCCCUUGUUUAAAUACUUUAGAGACUGAGGCACAAAAUUGCUCCUUGUAAAGUUUGGUUCUAGGUGAUUUGUAAUCAGGUGUUCGAACAGUUCUACGAAAAUACACUGUUCAUAAUCCAGAGGCUUGUGAGGCAAGUUCUGAUGCAUGUGUUAAGGAUUCCAAGUAGUUUGACAAGCGAGCUUUGAAAGAUGGGAGAGUUGUAAUAGUGAUUAAGUGAAGCUCAAGCAGCUGGCUAAGAGAGGUGAGAAAAGGUCCAGAACAUGUGUGCCUAAAAAAAAUGGUCUCUAGAUCACUCUUGUUUGUCCUGUUUCUUCAUAUGGCCAGAAAAUGCUAGUUGGAUGGCUAUGAAUAUCUGUUUAUAAGCAUUCAUUUUUGUGAACUCUUUUCCGUGGUGGGGUACAAAAUUGAGAACUUGUAUCUAACUUUCAUACAAGUAACAACACAUCAUCAUGUUGAUACGAUGAUCCUUAUGACUCUUGAUAAAUUUCAAAAACUGGUCUA